AUGACUGCUACAGGUACCGUCCGGGCAAACCAAACAGAAAAAUGCCCUUUAAAUGACAAGAAAAUGAUGUCUAUUCGUGAAAGAGGGGCAUUUGAAAGCUACAUUGACAAGUCAGACAACAUAGUAGCUGUCGCUUCGAAAGAUAACAGUGUUGUCACACUAUUGUCAAAUGAGCAUAGUGUGGCUCCUCUUGGUGAAGCUAAGAGAUAUUCAGUGACAGAAAGAAAGAAAGUUUCCAUUCCUCAGCCAUAUCAUAUUGCGCAAUACAACAGGAAUAUGGGAGGUGUCGAUCUAAUGGACAAUAAUAUAUCGAACUACAGAAUAGGCGUUCGUGGAAAACGGUGGUAUAUCCCAAUCGCUCUCUGGCUUUUUGAUGUUGUGAUGAGCAACUCUUGGUUUCUGGCUCGCUCUCAAGGAAUUACUUUGGACAGUCUCAGUUUCCGAAGAAGUGUGGUCCAGGCUUUACUUCAAAAAUUUGGACGCGCUCCUAAAGCAACUGGCCCUAAGAGCACUGAAGAGGACUUCAAACCCACUCCUUGGUGA